CUUUAUUUUGGCAGGACGUGAGGUUUAAAAAAGAAUGUCAUUCGAAAACAAAAACGACAUUAUCGAACAAGACGACAUUGACUCUGAUUUCGAGGGCGAAGUUAUGCCUACUUCAGGCAGUCCUGGAAGCGAUAUUGAUGAUAUAUUAACAGACGACUUAUUGGCCUCUUCUGAAGAAGAAAUCAAGAAUAAAAAGAGACAAUCCAAAAAAACCUUAACUAAGAAAAAGACACCUGUGAAACGUGCAAGAAAAACAACACAAACAAAGUUAAAAUUGCCACAGGGCCCGGAAACUUGGAACCCAACAGAAGUAAAAGAGCUCUCAGAAAAGUACCCAGAUAAAUACUGGAAACAUCAUGCUGACUCAGGCUCAAACAUGAUUCAAAUGAUUAACAAGGAUCACCAAUUAGAAACGCUUCCAACUGAUAUGAGUGAUCAGUCUGCCAUUGCCAGCAUGACACUUUCAGAAGACGGUGGUCUUUUAGCGACAUUUUCUAGCAUUGGCAGUGUAAAAAUUUUCGAAAUUGGAGACAACGUCGAUGAACUUCGCAAGAUUCGCGAUGAGGAUGAACCUCAGAUCGAUGAAUUCUUUUGUGGAACUUUUACUCCCAAUGGUUUAUUGGCUGUGGGUGGAAAAAUAAAGGAUCGUCAACGCUGGUCUACAGAAGAUAACGACAAUCAUAUUAUGCCAUGCGACAUUAAAAUUUUCGAUAUGGUCGCUUCCAAGGUCCUCGCACGAUUAGUUGGACACGCUGAGGAAGUACUCACCAUCAAGGCAAUCCAGUUCAAGGAAAAUAAUUAUUUGAUCUCAACCAGCCAAGAUGGAAGUAUAUUGAAGUGGCACAUGGCAGACGAUUGGUCAACACUUAUUAGUAAAACAAAAAUGGAGGACAACUUCACUUGCAUGGCCUUCACCGUCUCAUUUUUACCCAAUACCGGAAAUAAGUAUUUCUUGGCAGCUACAGAUGAACAUGUUCGAUUAUUUGACUUUGAAACUGGAAAGUUAUUACAAACAUUUAGGGAUCUUUAUACUUCUUAUUGUGAUUGUGUCAAAUUCGUGAAAUGGGUGGAUGAAGCUGCCUACUUUAAAAAUAACGGAAUGGACAUCAAUCACAAACCAGAAGAUGGAUAUGCAUGGUUCAUCACAAGAGGAACAGAGUUAUGUGAUGUGAGCGAAUUUAUCUCAUCAAAACCAAAUGUCUGUACUUUGCAUAAAUUAACUUACCCCACCAAGAAGAACGGAGAAUUUAAGGUCGAAGAAAUCAUGAAAUAUACACAUCCUGAGUAUCGUGCAAAUUCAUGGUCUGUUAAAAUUUCAUCCAAUGGCAGAUAUAUCUUGGCCCCUACCAUCUACGGUCAAGUCUACGUUUUUAACAUGUUGACUGGAAAAGUAGCAGCUAUUAUUAAAGAACAUGGAGAUAUUGAAGUCCGUGAUGUGAUUUUCCAUCCUUCAAAACCAUUGUUAUUCUCAUGCAGUGAUGAUGGUUAUGUCAAAGUUUACACUUAUAAACCGACAGUGAAAGUGGAUAUUGAGCAAGAUCUUGAUAUUGGUACGGUAGAAAGUGCCACUAUCACUAACGAAGAAGCAAUGGAUGUCGAGGUUGUCAUUGACGCCACUGAUAUUUAGACCCUUUUUUUCAUUCCAUACACGUACAACACAACGAGAUAAAAACCAACAAUUGCAUCAU